AUGGCUCUCCUUUCGAACAUUACCCCUCGUAGCUACAACAUCAAACCAAACAAUAUUCUCAUUGACUAUGAAGAAAAGGCCGACAAGCUUCUCCACAUCGAAAGCGUCCGCGUCUCAGAUCUGGAAGAUUCUAUUGUUAUCUCCCCUGGAACAGGAGUUAUCGGCGGUAAACUUGGCAAUCAAUUUUGGCGCAGUCCCGAAUCUUGGUGUAAAGCAAAGCAAAGCGUCUCUUCUGACAUAUUUUCUAUGGUCAUAGUUGCCAUCUAUAUUAUGGAUAUGCAGAUGAUAUUUUAUGACGGUUCGGAAAAUGAAGACUUUGUGAAUGGCGAGGCAUGGAACCAAAUUGUAAUGAAGCGUAUCUCGUUUUUCUGGGAUAAAGAUGAUUAUCUUGCGUUUCUAGAUCAAAUCGGGGAGGAUAAUCCGUUUUUCGAUCGUGUCAUCGAUAUGGUCAAUGACUUUGAGGGUCCGAUGACACUUGUCCGGAAAGGGUCGUAUCUUGACGCAGAGUUUAGAGAUCUGGUUGUGAAUAUGGCGAGGUUAGAUCCUCAUAGUAGGCUCAGUGCGAGAGAGGCCUUAGAGCACCCGUUCUUUGAUGAUGUCAGUAUACUUUAG